CGAAUUCAAUUGUUUGUAUUGAAAAAAAAAACUAUCGAUUGAAAUUAGUAAUCAAAGGUAUAAAAAAGAAAACGUAAAACAAAGUCGCGAUGUCGUUCCCUCGCACUCACACUUGUCAGCGGAUGUAUUUUAUAGCGCAGCUAAGAUGGCGUUCCACCGAGUGGAAUAUACUUGUUAGAAAAAGCGUGUGAAAAAAAAUGCCGCGGAAAGCUUGAGAGCAACGCGUGCGAACUUGAGUGAAGUAUCGGUGAUCCAGUGAGCCCUCGUAACUCCAACAUGCAUUUUAGGUGAAAAGAAAAUCGGGUGUCGAGAUGGAAAUGACGCGUACGUUAACCCGAGUGACAAGGCUUGUUCGCUGAUCUUCGGACAUUGCGGAGAACCGUGUUCGUUCAGCGGCGAACGACGCUAUGGCGUCCAUCGGACGUGUGUAUGUGUGUGUCAUUAUUUUUAAUCUACAAUUAACAGCUAAUUAAGCGGUCGUGAACGCGGAUCAUAAAUAAAAUCAAACUUGUGCAAGUUUUCAAUUGACGCCGGUUACAAAACGACGCGACUUCCUAGUGUUAAUCGUCAAGCCGGAUCGGUUCGUCCAAAAACAAACAUUCUGGGUUGCUUUUAUUCUCCUCGUUUGACAGCUCCUGUUCCGAAUACAAUUUGGGACGUUAUGAAUAUUUUGUCACAACUUCGCCACUUACGUUGUCACGAGCGAAGUUCUAUCUUUGCUAUAACCCUUCCAUUAAACAGUAUGGUCCAAAGUCGUCGUCGUUAGAAUUUACUCAUCAGUUUAAGAAUGUGACUAAGCUGAUCUCUCAACAAGUGUGUUUAAUUACAAGUGUCUCAGAGCAUUAAAAAAUAUAAAAUUAAGGAUAAAUAUAUAGGUGAUACAUAAAGUAAUUUAAUUAUUAGUGUUAUGAAAAAAAGUGUUAAGACAUUCCAUGAUUUCAUACAAAGUUUCAAUAAAACGCACUGUGACUUAAUGAACUUUGCACAUCAUGUCAAAUAGUUUGGACAGUUUUUUAACACGUAUUGGGGAUGUCACUAUAGAACGUGUGACUCCUCGUUCAGGCUCUAAGCCUAAUGAAACAAUGAUGUCAACUGAAACUUCAACAAACACAAGUAUGAACAAUGUAGAACCUCACACAGGAAAUGAUGAAAGUUCAGAGGAAUCUAGUGGUGAGACAUCCGAUGGAGAGCACGAAAAGAAAAAUGAUACAUUACAAUCAGAAGAAAUAGAAGAAAUACGGUCUGAAGGUUCUGGAGACGAUAUGGAUUUGGAUGAAACAAUUGAUUCACAAAUUGGGGUUCGAGUGGAAUCAGAACAUCAGCAUCAUUCUCAGCCUGAAGAGGAUGAUGAUGAACCGGUUAAUAUUUUGGAUACUUUACCAUUGGAAGGAGCUCCAAUAGAGGGUCAAGAAGUUUCUGAAGCAGAUUUGCUUGGAAAACCAAUUUCCAAGGACACGGAUGACGAAGGUAGUAUAGGACAUGAAAAUGAGAAGCACGAAAGUCAUUCUAUGGAGGAAGAAUGUAAUGAAAGUAAUAAAAGGCAUGCUGAUUCAGAACAUUCUGAUUCGGCUAAGAAGAAGCAGAAAAAAGAUGAUGGGACAGAAGGAUCUGCUUCAGAAUGUGAAACAAAAGCCGAAAAAAAGUUAGCAAAUAUGAGAAGAAACAUUAGAGAAGUUAUGGAUGAAACCCAACUCGAUGAAGCCACUCUAUCGGCUCAGAGACAGGAAAUGGAACGUCUUCGGAGAGUACAGGAACAGCAAAGAAUUAUUCGUGAAGUUCAAAGACAGAUUGCAAUAAAUAGACAAAAUAAUAAAACACAAACGAGGGUAAUCAGUCUUUUACAAGGGAAACAGAAUCAAACGGGUACCAUAAUUUCACAAUCAUCUUCAUCAUCUCCACCAGUUCGUUUACCGAAUACCGUGCUUCUUAAAGUAAAUUCUGGAUCUGGGUCUGGAUCUCAAGUUACUUCUAAUAUGCAAACAAGUCAACUGCAAAGAAGAUCAUUAGAAGGAUCUCGUUGGCAAAAAGGUAGAGGUGCUUAUCAAGGGGCACAGACAUCAAUUUCUAGAGUUCCAAGCCGUCCUAUUGGUCCUAAUAUGUUGCAACAAAGAAUCCGAAUGAUGACUCCUUCUGUGAGCAUAUCACCUGUUGUUCCUAAGAAGGAACCUAUGGAUAGAUCUGAAUAUUACUCAGACUCUGAAAUCUCAGAUAUAGAAGCUGAAGAGGCUUUACGUGAGAAACAAAUGCAUACUGCUAAAAAAAUGUCAGCUGGACCAAAGUCUCAGAAAACAGCUAAAGGCAAAGACGUGGUUACAAUAUCUAGCUCUAGCGAAAGUUCGGACGAUGAUUGUAUAGUUCUAAGUGAUCCAAGCGGAGAAGAAGAAACAGACAACGAAGAUGAUCCAUCCAAUUCUGGCAUGCAUACCAAUGAUAGAUAUAACAUUCCAGAUGAACAUGGUAGAGUGUUAAUUAAUGUGGGUCAUCCUGAAACUGAACCUGAUGUAUUUUUAGCUCCACAGGUAGCUCGUAUUAUUAAACCUCAUCAAAUUGGCGGUAUUCGCUUUCUUUUUGAUAAUAUCGUUGAAAGCAUUGAAAGAUACAAAACUAGUUCUGGAUUUGGUUGUAUUCUUGCUCAUAGUAUGGGUCUAGGGAAAACUUUACAAGUUGCUAGUUUUUGUGAUAUUUUUUUUCGAUGCACUACAGCUAAAACAGUCCUCUGUAUUAUGCCUAUUAAUACAUUACAAAACUGGCUAGCAGAAUUUAAUAUGUGGUUACCAUACGAGGAUCCAAACGCUCCAGAAAAACCUACUAAAUGCUCUAGUGUUAAAUCAGAAUCUGGUGUAGAACUUAAACAAGAAAUUAAAGAUGAGUAUAUGAAUCAGAGUGAUGUAUCAAAUAUGUCAAAUAUAUCAAAUAUGUCAAGGCCUAUUAGUACAGAAUCAGCUCAUCGUUUUGGACAAGAAAACGCAUCUCAACCGAUAAAUAUGAUACCAGAAAAUCCUUAUGCUCAUCAAGGAUAUGAAACUCAUAAUGUAAUACCUGGUUACGUCCAAGAUAAUUUACUGAAUAAGAAUAUGCCAGAUUCACAAGUACAUAUGAAUGAAAAUUAUCAAAGUGAUCUUCCACAAAAUGCAUUAUAUAAUACAAAUCCUAAUUCAAUGACCAAUUUUGAUUCAAUGAAAUCGGAAGUAAAUUGUCAUAGUAUGCACCAAAGAUCAAAUAUACCGGAAACAAAAUUUGGAGUAGAAAAUCAGAAUUCUGGAAACAUGUAUCCUGGUAUAGAAAACAGAUCACAAACCUCUGUGUAUCCAGGCAUGGAAUCGCGAAACUCUAAUACUCUGUAUCACGGAACGGAAGGUCACCAUGAGUCGGUGUAUCAAAAUUAUGAUAAUUCCAAUAAUACUUUUCCUAAUUACGCAAACAGACCGAUUCAAGAAACAGAUAUAGAAUCUAGAAAAGAAUGCUUUAAAAAUACUGUACCUCCUUUGAAUCCAUCAGAAAUAAAUGUAAAAAAAGAACCGGAAGAAAUAAUUAAAAAAGAGGAAGGUACUUGCACAACAAAAGAGGAAGUUGCGAACGAAGAGAAAAAGGAAGUUGAAAAAGUGAAAACUCCGUAUAGCGUAGAUGCUCCUAUUGGUAUGGACGUAAGACCACGGCAUUUUCGGUUACAUAUUUUGAAUGAUUCUCAUAAAACUAUGACAGCAAGAGCCAGAGUAAUCCAAGAGUGGCAAAUAGGAGGUGGUGUUUUAUUAAUUGGGUAUGAAUUGUAUAGACAGUUGUCUCUAAAAAAGCCAAAUAAAGCAAAAAGAAAGCGAGGGCAGCCUUUUAAAGACACUGUCGAUGUCGAAGAAGAAGACAAAAAUAAAGGACUAUUAGAUGAAAUGCAUUCAGCUCUGGUUAAUCCAGGACCUGAUUUAGUUAUAUGUGAUGAAGGUCAUAGAAUAAAAAAUUCUCAUGCUAGCAUUAGUUUGGCCUUAAAACAAAUGCGCACAAAACGCAGAAUUGUAUUGACUGGUUAUCCAUUACAAAACAAUCUUUUAGAAUACUGGUGUAUGGUUGAUUUUGUAAGACCUAAUUAUUUGGGAACUAAAAAUGAAUUCUGCAACAUGUUCGAAAGGCCAAUUCAAAAUGGACAAUGUAUUGAUUCAACGCCACAAGACAUAAGAUUAAUGAGAUAUCGUGCACACGUUUUACACGCUCUGUUGGAAGGUUUUGUGCAAAGAAGAUCUCAUUCCGUAUUGCAAGUUUCUUUGCCACGCAAGGAAGAAUAUAUUCUUCUCGUUAGAAUGACACCGCAUCAGCGUAAAUUAUAUGAUACAUUUAUGAAUCAAGUAGUCAAGACACGCGCUGUACCUAAUCCAUUAAAAGCAUUUGCAGUAUGCUGCAAAAUCUGGAAUCACCCUGAUAUUUUAUAUCACUUUUUGCGCAAGAGACAAGCGAACGAAGAGGAUGAUUUGGAUCUAGAAGAAACAAUUGCCGAGAAAUCUACUCCUGGAGGUAAACGCUCGAAAGCUCGCCAGCCAAAAGGAGAGUCCAAAAAAGGAAAGAAAACAAAUACAACGAUUAAAAAUAAACCUGCAGCUAGCGUGCAACCUAAUGCCUCUUCGUCGUCGAAUGCUGACAAUGCAGAAUCUGAUAAUUCGCAUGCCAAUUCGAAGCAAAACAAUUAUUCAAAUUAUCCUAUGUCGAUGAAUAAUUCAGGCUAUUCAAAUUCAGUGCCACAAAAUUCUUAUUCGCACGGUUACCAAAAUUAUCGAUCGAAUGAUCAAACUACAUAUUAUAGAAAUGAUAAUAAUCAUGGGGAGUACAAUGAAUUUUACAAUAAUCAAGGUUCACAAAGGUAUGGAAAUCAGUCAUUUCAAGCAUAUGCGCAAACUCCAGGAUACAAUACUUCGCAAAACUACCCUAAUCAAUCACAAAAUUACAUGCCAAACAAUGAUCAAUCUACAAAUAGUCAUUCUCAGCGGUAUCCAACUGCUCCUUCCAAUUCAGAUUUUCGUCCAGAUCAAAAUCAAGGAAACAAUUAUGAAGUAUCUGGGAUGUUCCCGCGUCAAUCUUAUGCUUACCAAGAUCAUGGACGUAACUAUGCACCAAAUUUAAAUCAAGGCUCUAAUAAUUAUCCUCAAGUUCAGAAUCAACCUUCUUUUCAAUCUCAAUUGCCAAAUCAAUCUGCAAACUUACCAUUAUCGGAUUACUCUUCGUAUACGCCGAAUCAGGCUCAAAAUUAUAAUUCUACGACAGGUCAAACAAAUCCAAUGUAUUCCCGAAAUGAAACUCAACCACUACAAAAUUCUACGUUGGGAUAUGGACCGAAUCAACAAAACCAAAAUUCAACAUCUCAAACUCCAGCGGCUGGAUAUCUCCCGAAUCAAUCAGGGCAGAACACAACGUCUACCCAAAACCGUGGAUUUUCGCCUAAUCAACAGAAUCAGAAUCUCACCUUGCAAAGUACUUCUCAUACAUAUACUGCUUCACAGUCACAAAAUAUGCCACUACCGAAUCAAUCUCAUAACUAUCCACCGCAAGUAAAUUCAAAUUCUUCGUCGCAAACAUCUCUUGCUUUUAAUCAGCAGUCUCCAAAUCCGAUAUCACAAAAUCAGUCUCAUUCGUAUAUAACGAAUCCUGCGAAUCAAUCUUCGAUUCCACAAAAUCAAAUGCGUGGAUAUCCUGCAACUGCUCAGAAUCAAAUGAAUAUUCCACAAAAUUCAUCUUCGUAUCCCGCGAAUCAAACAACUUCAACUGCCCCUACUCAAACGCAUGGAUAUUCUCAAGAUCAACAGGGGUCAGUUUCAAAUACCCAGAAUGCUAUUCAUGGGUAUUCGCAUCUUGUGUCUUCGACGACACCGCAAAAUCAGUCUUCGUACCCACCUAGUGUACAGAACCAAACUGGAGCACCGUCAGGUACAAACCAUACGUAUAAUUCUAAUCAUCAAAAUUCUGCAUCGAUACCGCAAACAUCAACGCACAGAUAUGGUAAUUCUCAACAAGGACAAAUGCCGCAAUCUCAGAGUCAAAGCCUUCCAUAUUCUCAGACUCAACAGACAUCAACCUCUACGUUAAACCAGAAUGACCAACUGUAUCCUAGGACAGAUAAUCAACAGCAGCCUCAAAAUUACACGCCAACAGCUAACACUUCUCAUGAAUUUCCAACCGACCGUCAGAGUGGAAGUUCGACUGCUAAUUCGUCAAAUAAUUAUCCAGUGAAUCAAACUCAGCCGCAGAGUACUGUCUUGUCAAGUUAUUCGUCGGAUAAUACACAUCAGAACCAGGUUGGUCAAAUGAAGGGUCCGGAAGAUUCUUACUGGCAGAGAAACUAUCCUCAGUCGUUUCAAACUGAUCAAUGCAAUGAUCCAUAUUAUCGGGACGUGAAUCCUAACGUGAAUCGUUAUCAGAACAAUUAUUUUCCGUCACAAAAUUAUCAAAAUCAGUCUUACGAUUAUAGUAACAAUCACAAUUCAGAUAUUAACACACGCUCGGAAGAUUCGAAGCCUCAGCAAUCUACUGUUCAUGUUCAGAACUCAGGACAACCUGAGAAAAAUAGUAAAGAAAUGACAGCGAGUGUUGGUGUUCAAAGUCAACCGAUACAUCAGAGUAAUCUAUCUACUAGUUCAGGAUAUAGUUCUGAAUCAAAUUGUCAAACUCCGGGAGCCAGAUCCACGCAAAAUAUCGGUUCGUUGCAUAGUCCAAGAUUGAAUCAGUCUGACCUGAUAAAAGAGGAUGAGAAAGACAAAGAUGAUUUAUUGGAUAAAGACAAAGAAGAUAAAUCGGACGACGAAAUUUUAACAAAAGACGAAGAGAAGGAUUGUAAGAGUUCGCCGGGAGGGAAAGAAGAUCCUGGAAUUCCAUAUGAUUGGGCAACAGAAUUAAUGAAGGGCUAUGUACCAGGAUUAAUCGAUGCAUCUGCAAAAAUGACAAUUUUCUUUUGUAUUCUGGAAGAAGCCAUCAAGCUUGGGGAUCGUGUUUUAGCAUUUUCACAGUCGUUAUUUACACUAAAUCUGAUUGAAGAUUUUUUAGCUAGAAACAGUUUGAAGCAUCCGGAUGGACAAACGGAUGCUUGGAUAAAAAAUGUAAACUAUUAUAGACUGGACGGUAGUACUAGCGCUUUAGAAAGAGAAAAGCUUAUCAAUGAAUUUAACAAUAAUCCAAAGAUUCAUCUUUUUCUGGUUUCAACGCGUGCCGGUUCACUCGGCAUUAAUCUUGUUGGCGCUAAUCGUGCUAUCGUGUUCGAUGCUUCCUGGAAUCCUUGUCACGAUACACAGGCCGUUUGUAGAGUGUACAGAUAUGGACAACAGAAACCUUGUUUCGUUUACCGUUUGGUUACCGAUAAUUGUUUAGAAAGAAAAAUAUAUGAUAGACAAAUUAGUAAGCAAGGGAUGGCUGAUCGUGUUGUUGAUCAGUGCAAUCCAGAUGCUCAUCUCUCGUUGAAAGAGGCAACUACGUUAUCUUGGGAUUGGGAAGAAGAUAGCCAAGUACAAGAUUUCUCCCAAACGAAAGAUAGUUAUACCGACGAAGUCAUGCACCGUGUGUUAGAACGACAUUCUUCGUUACUUACCAAGCAGCCAUUUCAUCACGAAAGUCUUCUUGUUGAUAGAAAGGAUAAAAAGCUUAGUCAAGCUGAAAAGCGCUUGGCUCGGCGUGGUUAUGAACUUGAGAAAAUGGCUGCUAAUUGUUCUAGGCCUAGUUAUAAUUACGUACCCGGCAAUACUGCAACACGGGCAGGCGGACUACAAAUUAGAGCAAUUCGAGGCGGGGAUAGUGGUACAACUUCUAAACCUGUAGCUUCGGUUAGACCAAUGCAACAACGUGGAGCUGAAGGUUUAGGUUCACGUGGUGUAACGGGCAGUCGGUGGAUACCUGCAGAAGUAUGGCAAAGGCAAGGAAUGAGUGCACAAGAAAUGACAUUACCUUUAGACGUCGUUAUUCCUACCAAUUCACCCGACAAAGGAAGUAUCGUAUUGAAAGCUGGCCAGCGAGUAAUGGUACUGAAAAGUCCAAAGGGUAUUUAUAUGCAAUUAGAAUCUGGUAAAAUUAUUGCUAUUCGAACGGCUCUCAAAUUAAAUCAGCAAAAACGGGAGGAAGAACCGAAAAAAGGUGUGUCAUCGAUGGUGCAGAGAAAUUCCAAACCCGAAGUUGGAUUUCCAUUAAGAAAUAAUUCAGCCAUUUCUAUAAUACCGAAAUCAUCUUCGAGUAACCCAGCAAGUGCUCGUUCAACCAAUAAACCAAGUGGUGGCCCUAAUUACAGACCAUUUGCUGACAAAGAAGUUUCAAGAAGACCAAAACCUGUAGCUACCGCGACUGCCAAACCUUAUUUGAGUCAAGUUAAUUUGACGAAUCAGGUUUCAUUGUCAAGGUUACCGAAAGUAAAACAGGAACCUGUAGAUCAUUCAACACUGGGAGAAAAUUCGAAUUCUUCGGAUGGUCAAGUUCGAACAGAACAAAGGGUAGAAGAAGUCAGAUUAGAGGACGUGGUCGCGGAAGUUAGUUCCAACACUGAUUACAGCCCUUCCAGUCAUAACCGUAUAAGUAAUUCAGACACCGACACCUCUUUGCAAAAGUCAUCCGAAGAAAAUAGUCAAGUAUAUACUUCGGAUUCUGUAACCGCACAAGGAGUUCAAACGCAACACGAACAAACCGAAACGGAAUUAACAUCGAAAAUCGACAAACAAUGUUCUCCUUCGAUUGAAAAGGAAGUCACAAAAACAACUGAUACACUAACGAAUUAUGGACAUGCUUUUCAAACUCAAUCGGAUAAAAGAGAUACGCCUAACGACGAAAUUAUAAUUGAAGAUCCACCACAAGUACAGUCUCAGAUACAGUCGCAAUUAUCAUCACAGGUACCACCGCAAGGACCACCACAAGUACCAUCGCAAGUACCAUCACAAGUGCUAUCACAAGCAACAACACAAGUACCAUCGCAAGUAUCACAGCAAGUACCACCACAGAUAUCGUCGCAAGUACAGCCACAAAUGUCAACACAGAUACCAUCUCAGUUGUCGUCGCAAGGACCACCACAAAUCUCUCCACAAGUCUUAACACAAUCAACACCAUCUACUCCAUUACCAUCCCUGUUAUCACAACAAUCUUCACCGUCAACUAUGCAAGUGCCACCAACGCCUACGUUACGAGGCACGGAAGUUUCUAAAGGUAUAACAGAUUCAACUGCUGGUUCUUCCGCCCCAUCUGUAUGUACUGGAACCAACACUAUCACAUCUCCAAAAACGGUAGAACCAAGUAUGCGUGAAACUUCGAUGCAAAGUGAACCUCCGAACAUGCCGCAAGGCUACCCUUAUGCCCAAUAUCCUCGGUAUUAUGAUUAUAGUGAUCCCCGAUCACGAUCGUUGUCUACUCCUUACGGAACAUACUUCCCCGGUGUUCCACCUCAUGCAACAAACUCAAGACUACCAAUGGACACUGCUAAACCACAGCCAGACUUAGGAAAGCCUAUAGAAGAAAGGACAAUGAUGAAUGUGCCUCCUGCAUAUUCACAAGUACCUAAUACUACUGCCAAAACAUUAGCGAACACAACAGAAACGAAAAGCACAGAGACGAUGGUAACCACAACAGUUGCAAGUGCUUCUAGUAGGGAUGACACGCAUAUACCCACUGCGUUUAGUCAUCCGACGAGUAGUCGUUAUCCUGGACCAUAUCCUCCAGGACCGUAUGAUCCAUAUUCACAACAUUAUCCUCCUACACCUGGAUCUUCAGCAGCUUAUCCACCGGGUGUUUGUGAUGCAGGUGCUCCUGGAUACCCAACAUACGGCGGGCCAAGUUAUAACACGGAAUAUGCUCGCAUGUACACGGCAUUUCAUGGUCCUCCUCCGCCAACAGAUCCUUAUAUACAUAGAGGUUAUGCACCUCCUUCUUCACACCCACCUAAUUAUUAUCCUCCAUUCCCACAUCCACCACCACCAUAUCCGAAUUAUUCAUUUUUAUCGCCAUAUCCAAAUCCUAAUAUGCCCAGCGAGCCACAACCACCUGCUCAGUAGUAAAAUUUAAGUCGCAUUACCAUACUUGAUUAGUUUAACAGUAAUUUCAUAAAACGUCGCAUAUUGCGAAAGUUUGAAGGCUGUCGCGAUUCAGAAGCUUAAUAGACUGAAGCUGUAAAACGCAUUGAUGUAAAUAUUUAGUCACAAGUAUUAUAUUAAGAUAAUCAAUUUUCGCAGGUACUUUGAUCGCAAAGUACCGAGUUUAUGUCGAAGGAGAGGAGAUAAUCUCACUUAACUUUGAACUGUGCAAUUUGUUGAAAUGUUCAAAAUAUUUAGCCCUGACUGUCAUACCGUUUUACGAUGCGUCUAUUCGACUAAAAAAUAUAUCAAUGUUUAUAAGUGUACAGAUAAUUUCUCAGUUUAAUAUUCCAUUUUUCUGUUCUAAAAGUAGCAAUUUUUAUUAUAUUUCAUUUCAAUUUUAUAAAUUUAUAAUGUAUAUUU